GAUCCCCGUGUGUGGUUUUGCGCUUUGUCCAAUAAAAAACUAAUAAAACGCGAAAUGUUAUCCUCCCGUGCUCCAGGAUUUAUCCGCCUGGACCAACUGUGAGAACUGCUGCUCGUUCCUGCAGCUGGAUGGCGUGCGCAAAUUCACCAAAAUUGGUGUGCAGUCUCAUCUUUAGCACACUCACACGCUAUCAGCCCGCGAGUUGUUGUUCGGUGCGUUAUCAUCCCGAGGUGCAUCUUCAUGUGAGAAAGGUUUACUGAACCUGUGGUCAGAAAGUGAUUUGUUUAAGAAAUCGCCCCUAUCAACAUCGCACGAAUCGUCUCGGUUGAUGCAGUGGUUGCUUUGUGUGUGCGUGUAGUGGUGUGGCGCUGGCUGGUGGCGGUGGUGUGGUGCGCAUUGUUUUGACGUUUGGUGCAGACGUGAAAAUAUCGAACGAACCACUGCCGUGAGAAGUGAGACGUUCUAUGUGGGGAUGUUGAGAAGGUCAUGCGGUGUUUUUGGGGUCAUAUGCGAGUGGAGCAUCUCUGAUGAGCUGUGAAACGGUUAAAAAUUAUUACGAAAACUUCACCCCAUGUAAUGAGUUGCCCUGAAAUUGCCCAGACGUGUGGUGGAUGGAACGAAAUCAGCUACCAUUUACAAAGCGAUUCGAACGACUGUGGUGGUGUCAGCCUUGCUUCGUCUAACAUAUUUAGCCACACCAGUCGGUCUGUUAGGCAGCCUGCCGAGCAUCGCAGACGGAUCGGAUCGAUGGUGUACAGCUUCGAGUAUGAUCGAGAACAAAACUUUCUCCCAGAAGACGAUUCCGUAACGAUCAGUGAUUCAACAUUGCAACAGACACGUUGGUGAAGAGCUACGCCACUGCGUAAAGUGUCCAGGGCACCUGUCGAGCGGGACUUCAACAAACCAGCUCACCUCGUUACCGUUCGUCCGGCUCUAGGUGGAUCUGUUCCCAAACCUCGAUACACACCACUACACCCGGGACCAUCGUCAUCUCUCCCCCCGUCAUCAUCACCAGCUCCAGCGUUCGGUUGCGGAUACCGUGCCAGCAACGUUCGGGGCUAACGCAAUCGCCGGAGCGCAUCCCGAAGCGCUACCACGAAACACAACUCACCCCAAAUCGAAAGCUCCCGGGGUAUCAGUUCUCCCGGAGAGUUGGGCAUAGGCUUCCGCGUGGUAGUAGCUUCCAAACGUGGGUAAGCAUCUUCACGAGAGCAGCCCGCCGCGCGAGAGCCACCGCCACAGUAUAUCCAGAGCAUACCGGAGUCGGACGUCACAACAGCUGCUCGGAAGGGUUAUAGCCGGCGCGCGAUAGUUAAUGCGUCGCCGCGCACACGAACAGCGCACCAGUGUUGGCUCGGGUUUCGCCCGAAACGCGUCGCGAGUAGCAGCAGCAGCACCAUAUCUCAACGAACCAACGGCUACGGGCCGUUGUUUGGGGACCUGUUAGGUGGACGACGGGCAUCACAGCUCGGACGUGUUAUGUAAAUCACUGGAAUCUCAGCGUGAUCACACGAGAGCGUUGUUCAGCGCACAUCCGUGCAACUCUCCCAUCAUAUUCUUAUCAUCCGCCACCAUCACCGUCAGCAUCCAAGCAACCCUCGGCAAAGGGAGGGAUGUGCGUUUUUUGUCAGUGUGUGUGUGCGAUUGGGGAUCGUAUUCCCGUGUUGACUAUUGCGUGCGAUUCGUAAUAUAAUUCUCAACCGCGAGCGAGUUCCGAACAGCCGCAACAAGAACAGCUAACUGCGCACCGUACGAGUCAUUCGCAAACUAAACCCCUGUCAGCAAGGGGCGACUGACUUUACCGAUGUGGCAACCUCGCACACAGUGGACGGCAAGUGUUGCAGUGUGCUCGGUGGUGGAAAAACAGCUGAAAUGCUGACUUUUGCAAAAAACCAUCCAAUACGACCGCGACCAGUAUAAACAGCCAACGGCAGCAGCAGCAGCAGUGGACGGUGGCCGACCACCAGUGGCUUCCGUUUGACGAUGGUGUCGUUAGCGACAGUGCAGCACUUAUUGAUGGGCCCCGAGUCCGUUCACAUCAUCGCGCCGGGCAAUAACGCGAUAAGAAACGAUCAGUUAAGAUCAAGCUUGUGUGCGAUCUGUAGCGCCAUGAUCUCGUUCAAGUGAUCCCUCAUCCGAACGAUUAGCCGUGGGGUGGGCUUUAAGGUGAUUCAAUUGGCAGAGUGAUAAGCGCGAAACCCUUUUUUUUGUACCCCAAGCGUGUGGUGUGGAAGGGCCCUCCGUUUGUGAAGGUGAAACGGCAAUCUUGGAGCGCACGUGUGUGUGUGUCUGUCUGUGAGCCUUGUGUUGUUGUUACUUAUUAUUUUGAAUUUGUGCUCUUUGCGCGCUGCAGCGAGUGUGUGUGUGUGUGUGUUUGUUUGUGUUUCAAGACCAUUCCGGUGAAGAGUUGGAAGAAAGGUAUUUCGCGGUACAGGAGGAGGUCAUACCAGACAGUGUCGAACUGUGUUGGAGGUGUAUGUAGGUGCUAAAAGUAACGUUGUAACAUUGUGCGCAACGUUUGGGGCAGCUAGUUAGCAUCCCCCCCGACAAGCAGCAGCAGAAGCCUGCCACUCAGUGUGCAGUAACCGUGGCGAACGGAUCGACCCCAACAGUGUCUUGACCAUUCUGUCCCGACCGUAGUAGCAUCGCAUCACCGUGGUGCCCUCCAUCAUGUACUGGAUCCGGUCGAAGAAGCUGCGCGAGCGGCUGGCGCUCGGAUUCGGUGCCCUGCUCGUGCUCUUCACGCUACUGCUGGUGGUCGAUUUACAGAUGGAUCUCGGCGUGUCCAGGGGUGAAUUUAUCCCGUCGCACGCGCGCAUCCGGUACGCGAAUCAGCAGGACCGAAGUGGCAUCUACAACGAGUUUCACCGGAAAUAUCUGGCGAAAAGUAAUGCGUCCGGUUCGAAGGAAUAUCUCACGACAAACGCGCAAGCCCAACACCGUGGCCACACCGACACUUCCGGUCCGGGGUAUCCCGGCAAGUCGGCAUCAACUACCACCGUUCCACCGCCACACGAUCGCUUCAAGGAUCUAACGGCGCUGGUGGUGGCCCCGCGCGCUGGCAAACACCGUGCACCGCAACCGUUCGAAAGGAUUAUUGUCCGCGAAGAAUCGUACACGGACGAUCCGAUCGAUGAAGAUGAAGCGAAUCCAACGCUCGGCGAGCUGCUGGACCUUCGGCCCAGUCCGAAUGCGUCCAACCUGGAGCGGUUUCAGUUGCGCAUCUCGAAGCGUGAACUGUACAGCCGGGACGAUACGCUCGUGAAUGCGGUGAUCGACGACAUGAUCCGGCUGCCGAUCCUGCACGUGGUGCAAAAGGAGGGCGGCACGCAGCUGAAGCUGAUCAUCGACUACCCGAACGAUGUGCACGCCCUGUUCAAACCGAUGCGGUUUCCGCGCGAGCAGCAAACACUUCCGAAUCACUUCUACUUCACCGACUACGAGCGACACACGGCCGAGAUAGCGGCCUUCCAUCUGGACCGGUUGCUCGGUUUCCGGCGCGCAAUGCCGGUGACCGGGCGCAUCCUGAACAUCACCACCGAAAUCUAUCAGGUGGGCGAUGAGGUGCUGCUGAAGACGUUCUUCGUGUCGCCGUCCAGCAAUCUGUGCUUCCACGGCAAGUGUUCGUACUACUGCGAUACGUCACACGCGAUCUGCGGCAAUCCGGACACGCUCGAGGGUUCGUUUGCUGCCUUCCUCCCAACGCAGGACGAUACGCAGCGCAAGGUGUGGCGGCAUCCGUGGCGCCGUUCGUACCACAAGCGCCGAAAGGCACAGUGGGAAACGGACUCCGACUACUGCACGAUGGUGCGUGACAUUCCACCGUACGACGAGGGUCGCCGGCUGCUCGACCUGAUGGACAUGUCCGUGUUCGACUUCCUGACCGGCAACAUGGACCGGCACCAUUACGAAACGUUCAAGAUCUUCGGCAACGACACGUUCCCGAUCCACCUUGACCAUGGCCGUGGGUUCGGCAAACCGUUCCACGACGAGCUGUCCAUCCUGGCGCCGGUGCUACAGUGCUGCCUGAUCCGGGCGUCCACGCUAGAGACGCUGCUCCGGUACCAUAACGGGCCGAAACCGUUGUCGGAGGCGAUGCGCGAAUCGAUGGCCAUCGAUCCGAUUGCGCCCGUGCUGUGGGAACCCCAUCUGACGGCGCUCGACCGGCGAGUUGCCAUCGUGCUGCAGGCCGUCCGAGACUGCAUCCGGAAGUCGUCGGAGGAGGAGGUGCCCGGCGGUAUUCCCGAUGUACCGAACGCGCUCGGCGAGACGGACACGGUGGCGAGGAAUGGGUUCUAUCGUUCCUAGCGACUGGCGGCGUACCGGCAAAGGACGGACCUGCAGGAGCGGCAUGCGCGGCUGCACGCGGUUAACCGGUACUCGAUGGCGGGUGAUCCCGCGAACCAUCAGCUCCAGUAUCACCCCCAACAUCAACACCACCACCACCACUAUCACCAACCGCAGCAGCAGCAGCAACAGCACGGUGCUCCAAGAGCAGGCUCGUCGAUGCGCUUCGACCGAAGCCGAACUCUGUACAUAGUUUAAUUGAUAUAGUCAUACAUGUGUGCGUGGUGCGAGUUGAGACACUAUUAGCGCUAGGCAGAUAAGGUUUAGGAAAUUGGUUUUUCUACACAAAAAAGGGAUGCGAAUCGGCGUGUGUUUGCGCGAGCGUGUAUGUAUGUGUGUGCGAAAGAGAGCGUGAGCGAUGUGCAAGUGCGCGUGUGAAGUGAGUUGAGAAAAAAAAGGGCCAGCCAACUAUACGGACGCCCUUCGGCCUAGGUUCCUAGCGGAGUGUCAAGCGGAAUUGCGGAAAUACGAAAAGGGAAGCGAUUGUGCUUUAGUUUAUUGAUUUAGUCUUUUAAGAACACGGAUACGCUUAGGAAGCGAAACUCAUCUAGCGGAAGUUUAGCAGCAGCAGCAGCAGCAGCACACACGUACAGCUGAUUCUUCUCGGUAGGGUGGUUCGAUGAGUGGCCGAGGAUCAGUAAGAUGGUUGUAAAAUAGAAAAUAAAAACUGACGACGACGAAAUGUAAACGAAUCGAGCGUUGUACGAAAAGCCUAACCACCAGCAACGUGCGUAGGUUCCAUACUCACACCUUCUUCGCCUGUUAGGCCUACUCUUCUUCAGGUGGUCACUACACUUGAGUUAAGUUUCUCAACCUUCAUUGUUAACCCAAAACCCGCGAAAUGGGAGUUUAUUCCCCGUCUGCCUGUUAGGGAAGCUAGGAGUAGGUAAACCAUUAUUAGCGCAAUAGUUACAUACGGUCUUCAUCCAUCGGCGGCGGAAGAAAUUUCCACCAGCCUUUGGUGAAGCUUUGAGGCCAAAGUUUUAUGACACUACUAUACACACAUGAACACACGGGAUAGACUAGACAAACGGUUUCCCAACAGUGGUUUAUGUUUUGCGAGUUGUGAAUUGUUUGUGAUUCUUUGAAUUUGACCAUCGUUGUUGCGUUUAAGUUUAAACUUUGUCAUAAGUCAACUCUGUCACUCUGUCAGGUUAAUACCGUUCUUUCCCUACUUUUUUAAACUCCCAGCACUAGUAAAACAGGACACUUUGCCAAUUAUUAAUGUUGAUUUCUCGUGCCGGAUUUGGAACCGACUUCACUUGAAACGGGUGAACUGUGGCUAGCGCAAGUUCACUCGAGGGGCCAGUAAAUAGAAAAAAAGGCAAAAGCAGAUACCGGAAAACCGAUCGCGAUCGAGACGGAUCGGGAGAUGAAAACAAGCAAAGAUAUUAGCUACAGCUUGCCGAAAGCAAAACUUGUUCGGCUACACAUUAAAUAUCAAACCAUAAAACGAUACGAACAGAUAAUGGACGAGGUAGUAAAGCACAGUGGCCAUUUCACACGAGCCGCCAGAUUUGAAUUGAGAGAGCUUCAAGCACCAGACGUCAAUAGUUAAGUUUGCAUCGCGCACAUGGUGCUGUUGUGUGCUGUUCUCUUGUUGUUAUGUUUUUAAAUAGUUCGCAUUGCGCAUCGCACCGAGAGAGGUUUUAAGUUCCGUCAAGUGGCGUGAAAAAAAGGGGGAUAAAAAUCUAACACAUAGCACACAAGCAGCUUCUAGUAGGUGGCAAAUGGAGCAGAGAGAAGAGAAAAUGCAUUAAAGAGCAUGAAAAUAAAACACCGGAGCAACAAUAAAUCUAAAACAAACACACACCCAUAAUAAAUACCAUAAAAACAACCAACCAUGAUGAUGCGCGAUAUGGUGAGAAUAGCAACAAACCAGUAUAACAGUAACGAUUAUAAUAAUGGACAUGCAAUAUGAAAUACGCUAUACGAUAAGAGAGGGGGGCGAUCUAAUAGGCCCCCCCCUGGCAAUACCCGUCUGCAAAGCCUCACUCACUUCUGUACGAUCGGUUCAGUUUACGCUAAAGAAGAAACCAGAAAAAAGCAAAGCUUUUCCGCUCACAUAUCGCCAAAAACAAGCGUCGUCGAUCGGUGUGGAUCGAAGAGUCUGCGGAAGAAAGAUGCCAAACAAAAAAAAAAAUCUCCCUCCUUGUCAGAAUGGGCGAUAAUAGCCACCCCUAAGCAAACGGGUAUCGAUUGCUCGACGGUUUUGUUUUGGUUUUUCCCACCCUUUAUUAUGUACACACUCACUCCCCCUGUACGGGGUGAGAUGAACUUCGAGGGGUUUAGGGCGCCCAUUCCCGACCUGCCAAUCUAUGACUCCUCUAACGGCUCGAUUCGAUGUUAAUAUUCGGAGGGAUACCACAGAUUGAGCAAUGGAUAGGUCAGCUAUCGGAUCGGAUAGAGCCAUACCCGUUAGUGUCGGAAUUUUUAGCAAGCAAUCAUUCCCCAUCCCAUGCUUCGGUUGGCGGUCAGCUGUGCGUUGAGUAUCGUUGUACAUUUUGUAAAAAGAAAAAACACACACAUUCACAAAUCCUUCCGCUUUGUGUUGGGAUGUGCUGUUCCCUAUGUAUGUCUGUUAUCCACUCCAAAUCGUUAUUCGUUAUGCUAUUCUAGUGUAUCUGUGUGUGAUGGGAGCGACAGUGGUAGUAGUAGGAAUAGUAGUAGACAACACUAUCGGAGCAAUAUUUCACUGUUAAAAAGCAUUGUGUCAAAAAGCAAAUAGUAAACAAGGCUAUAAACCGAAGGGGAAGUAACUUCCUGCCCUUCCUUGGGGGGAUUUUUUUGUGUGUAUGUAACGAUAAACUCACAUCUCACACGGGGUCUGUCAUCUGUCAACCAUAGUAAGCAUGAUGAUUGUGUAGCAGAAUAGCUAAAAACAAACACAUUAGAACUUUCAAGAGCGAAUCAAACAAAAACACAAAACAGCACAAUAUAGAAGAAAAAAAAGCAUGAUAAAAGUCUGUUGUUAGUGUUUAGCUAAGCAAGGUUGAAAACAAAACGAAAACUGAUAAACGGAAAAGGUGACAAAAAAAGGUAGGACAAACAGUAGCCAACCAAGGAGGGUAAUAAGUAAACAACUGAACAGCUGUGGUAUCGAUUAUAAACUAAUGAUAUAAUAUAUUAUUACGAACGGGACGGAUAGAGGAACCAUCCCUGAACGUGAACGAAUAAACUAUGAAAUUUGACAGUCAAAAAA